UGUUCUGGCCGCCAUGGAGACCCUGUCCCAGGACUCUCUGCUGGAAUGCCAGAUUUGCUUCAACUACUACAGCCCCCGCCGGCGGCCCAAGCUCCUGGACUGCAAGCACACUUGCUGCUCUGUGUGCCUGCAGCAGAUGCGGACCAGCCAGAAGGACCUGCGCUGCCCCUGGUGCCGCGGGAUCACCAAGCUGCCGCCCGGGUACUCUGUGUCGCACCUGCCCGAUGACCCCGACGUGAUUGCCGUCAUUGCGAUCCCCCACACCUCGGAGCACACCCCCGUCUUCAUCAAACUCCCCAGCAACGGGUGCUACAUGCUGCCCUUGCCCCUCUCCAAGGAGAGGGCCCUACUGCCGGGAGACAUCGGCUGCCGCCUCCUGCCCGGCAGCCAGCAGAAGUCCCUGGCAGUGGUGACGAUCCCGGCGGAGCAGCAGCCGGAGCAGGGCGGCCUCCCCGCCGAGGGGGGAGCGGAGGAGCCGGACCGGAGAGGCGUUGUCAAAAGCUCCACCUGGUCGGGGGUUUGCACUGUGAUCCUGGUGGCCUGUGUCCUGGUCUUUCUCCUGGGCAUCGUCCUCCACAACAUGUCGUGCAUCUCCAAGCGCUUCACGGUGAUCUCCUGCGGCUGAGGGGUUGCGCUCCCACUGGGAGUUGGGUUGGGGCGGUGGUGGUGGUGGUGGUGGUAUCGAGCAAGACAGUUCACCGCAGCUUCGCCCAG